AUGGGAAACAGUAUCAGUUUGCAAUCGAGCGUCGCUCCAGCCAUUCUCCUAUUUUUUCUUGUCUUUGAUUUCUUUGAGCAUCGAACAUCGCUGCGGAAUCGAGCUAGGUACAGAGCAUUCCCAAUCCCUGAGCCGUCAGCACGAAAGUAUCAUCUGUCGGACGUCAGCGUGAUCAUACCCACAAUCGACCACGAGGAAACAUUCGCCGACUGCAUCUGCAGCAUCCUACUCAACAAGGUGCGGGAGAUCAUCGUCGUAACGACCGAAGCAGAGGCAGCCAGCGUUGAAAGAUUUCUUCUGCACAAUGACUGCAUACGAUCCCUGCAAGGAGCGACCGAAGUUCAGGUCCUAACGGUGCCGGCAGCGCAGAAGCGUGAUCAACUGGUGCGAGGAGUGAACGCCAGCAGAGGCAGCAUCGUGGCCUUUGUCGACGACGAUGCCUAUUGGCCUCACGACAAUGUUCUGAUUCAUCUGCUUGCUCCUUUCCAAGAUGACGACGUGGGUCUUUCGGGCGGCGCCGUAUUCUCGUACAUUCCAGAGGGUCGACGGAAUCCCGACGUGAUCAGUGCUUGGGAGGUUGCCGCCAUUCGACUCAGGGGCCAGCGUCAUGAUAGCAUGCAGAGCGCGUACGCUGCGGACCGAGGGAUCAACUUCUGUGUUUCUGGUGUCACCAUGUUAUUCCGUGGUGAGAUCGUGCGGGACCGUGGAUUCCAACAAGCAUUCACCAACGACUAUUGGAUGGGUGUACGCCAGAACACUGGUGAUGAUGGCUUUCUUACUCGGUGGGUCUUGUUCCACCAUCUGCUACGCCCGCCUCAACAUCAGAGAGAAGGUGCGAAAGCAGUGCCUCAACAAUGGACAUUGGGAAUCCAAUUGACGCCAGAGGCGGAAGUUGGCACAACCCUGAUGCGGGACUCGCGCUUUGCCGGGCAGGUGAAGAGAUGGUACAGAAGUGGACUCCGGCAUCGUUUGCUCUGCCUGUUGUACGAACCGGGAUACCGACCCAUGCGGCAGACGUGUCCAUUCAUGGCUCGGAAGAUGGUCGAGGGGAUGCUAAACCCUGUUUUAGUAUGGCUGCGACUGUGGGCCAUAUACAAGACCAUCCGGAUUGUUCCACAACUGGCUAUGCUCCUGCUGGGCUGGAAGACGUACAAUUAUGUAUGUGGUCUGCUUGCCUUUGUCAAAGAAUACCCUUUCGCGAGAAGACAUCUGUGGGCCGCGAUCCUCGUAGACAGACUCUAUCUCAUCUCUGACUGGUACUGCUGGGCUACCCUAGGCAAAGAAGCGUGGUUGACAAGGGCCAACGUGGACGGGGCUAUCCCCGAGAACCUCGAGGCCGGAGGGACGGUUGACAAAGAAGACUAA